AUUUCUUUCCGGUCGAUAUCAUAUUUUGGGAAGUUUCGUGUAUCAAUUUACGUGGUCGAGUUAGUCGAGUUUCAUCGUCGAGACUCACAACCUGUCAUUGUUUUUCUUCAUUCAUCCGUCCACGUUACGAUCGAUAUUCGAAGAACGGUGAAAGAUUUUCGUCUUGUGCAACCGCCAACCUUUAUUCCCCGGAAAAGUGGAAAAAUUUGAUGCACGUGACCUUGUCGACGUCCUCUGCAAACCUUUAGUUCGUCAUCUGUAUCGUUUGUCAUCUUGAUCUGUUUUACCCAAACGGUCCCGGAUCACUGACGGAUCGUCGUCGUCGUCACGCGGGUUUCGAGAUCCUUGGACUCGUCAAGAGGUUUUCGGCCGACCGGCGUCAUCGGGAAUUCUGAGACAUGAUACGGACCACGUCGAGCAUACGUAACGGAUUGGCACGCCUCAACAUCGCAAUACCUUGCGUUUAAUGGUAACACCAUGGCAACAGCAGUUCAGGUUUUAUGCAGAUUAUCCCGCUCACAUCAAAGUACAGCUUCCAGCGUUGUCUCCCACUAUGGAAACUGGAACGAUAGUUAGUUGGCAGAAAAAGGAAGGUGAUAAAUUGAAUGAAGGUGACCUACUAGCAGAGAUCGAGACGGAUAAAGCCACAAUGGGAUUUGAAACACCCGAGGAAGGAUAUCUGGCUAAGAUCAUAGUACCGGCAGGAACGAAGAACGUACCCAUAGGCAAACUGGUUUGCAUCAUCGUGGAAAAUCAGGCCAGUGUAGCCGCGUUCAAAGAUUUUCAGGAUGACGGUACAGAUGUUGCAGCUCCUCCACCCGCAGCAGCACCUUCACCACCAGUCACACCACCUUCGGCGCCUGCUGCACGACCAGCCGCGCCAGUGGCUCCUCCUGUUCCUGCAGAAAGAGUAUAUGCCACUCCACUGGCAAAAAAAAUAGCAACUGAGAAAGGACUUAGUUUACAGGGUCUGAAAGGAACAGGAUUGUACGGUUCGGUAACAUCUAAAGAUCUGGAGCGUGCCGCGCCCACCGCACGCAGUGCGCCCACUGCGCCAGCAGCAGCGGUUGGUGUAGCAACCGGGGUAGACAUUCCUGUAUCGAAUAUACGGGCGGUGAUCGCUAAACGUUUGCUGGAAAGCAAGCUAACGAUCCCGCACUAUUAUCUCUCGGUAGACGUGAAAAUGGAUGCUGUGAUGGCAAUGCGAGAACAGUUCAACAAAAUGUUGGAAAAGGAUAAGAUAAAGCUGAGCGUAAAUGACAUAAUCAUCAAAGCCAUAGCAAUGGCUUGCAAGAAAGUGCCGGAGGCCAACAGUGCCUGGUUGGGAAACGUGAUCAGACUGUAUAAUAAUGUGGAUGUUAGUGUAGCAGUAAGUACGGACACCGGUCUGAUCACUCCCAUAGUGUUCGGUGCUGAUACGAAGGGUAUUGUUCAAAUUAGUAAGGACAUGAGAGUGUUGGCUGCAAAGGCGAGGGAAGGGAAGCUACAGCUGAAGGAGUUCCAAGGAGGGACGAUUACUCUGUCCAACUUGGGCAUGUUCGGAACCAAGAAUUUUGCCGCUAUAAUAAACCCGCCGCAGUCCAUCAUUCUUGCGACAGGCACCACAGAACCUAAAUUGGUGCCCGCCAAAAACGAGAAGGGAUUCUCGACCGUCCAAUGCAUGUCUGUGACUGCCAGUUGCGAUCACCGUUCUGUUGAUGGUGCAAUAGGUGCACAAUGGUUAUCUGCCUUUAAAAGUUUAAUGGAAAAUCCAACAACGAUGCUCCUGUAACACCUUAGACUAGCGAGGAGACGCGAUUUACAAUUCUAAGGAAACUUAAAAGGUGAUAUUUAACAUUUGUGGAAUUAUUGCCUCGCUGAGAUCACUUCUGUGUUGAUUCGAAUUAAAGAUGUUUGUUGACAUUACGUUUGAAGCUUUUCACAAAGUUAUAUGAGAUCUUGUUUAACAACGAGAAGACUGAUGUUUCAAUUCAGCACAAUUUAAAUAAUUUGAGAUAUUUACCCGGGGAAGAAGAUUUAUAUAUAAUUGUAAAAAAAUUAUGUAUAAUUAUAUGUAAUCAUAUGUGAUUUAUAUGUGAAUUUUAUCUCUAUAUGACUACAUAUAUAAUUAUAUGUAAUUAUGUCCACACGAAAUAAAAAUACUGUUGAAUGAAAAGCGGAAAAAAAGUUUUGAUUAAGUGUUUUAUAUCGUGGGCAGCCAUAAAUAUUUACUUCAGUUAUACUCGCACAACAGUAUUUUUUUUUUUUUUAGAGACAAAAUUCAUGUAUGGUCAUUUCUUCCCAGGUGCUGUAUUUCUUCCGAUGUUAGAGAAGUUGCACAAACGAAUCGAAUUUUAUCCCCAAAUUCGAUGUCGCCUAUUGAAACUGCCUUUAUUAACUACAAUGUGUACAUAUAUGUAUUUAUGAUGAUAAAUCAUUGUCGCUGCACUUGUUGCAAAGGAAACAAUUACCACCGUUUUAGGGAAAGUAACAACAAAAGUGUCAAACAACGUUUAUAGUAUAUUUAUAUAUAUACAUAUCUGUAUAUUAUAUUUAAUAAAUUAUAUCGCGUACGA